UGCUCGUCACCGUCCGAUACAGUGUUAUCACAAUUGAGUGUAUGCGCACAAUUUCGUAGUGUCUGUUUAAAUUUUCACCAAACAUAUAUUGCAUAUAUCUUAGCGAAUUAAGUUAACGUAUUUCCUGUGUUCUCAUAUUUUCCAUUGACAACAAUCUAAGAUGUCUAUUUUACCUUACUUAUUGGAUGAAUUAUCUCGGCCAACCAUGUACGAUCAAAACUUUGGUCUCGGUUUACUAGAUGAUGAUUUACUCCUAGGACCACGUUAUCACGGUCGUAGCCAUUUUCCAGUUUUGUUGAAGUCUUAUCUAAGACCACAUCGCUUAAGUUCUGCUGCACAGAGUGGUUUAUCUUGCAUCCAAAAUGACAAAAACAAUUUCAAGGUGAAUUUGGAUGUCCAGCAGUUCAAGCCAGAAGAAGUGUCUGUUAAAGUUGUUGAUGGCUAUGUAGUGGUAGAAGGAAAACACGAGGAACGCAGUGAUGAACAUGGUUACAUUUCACGUCAGUUUACUAGGCGUUACAAGGUACCAGAUAAUGUUGAUUCAAAUUCUAUUACGUCUACAUUAUCUUCAGAUGGUGUGUUGAGUGUCGGAGCUCCGAAAAAGAUUCCUGAAAAAAGUGCUGGAGAAAGACCGAUUCAAAUUGUUCAAACAAAUCAACCGAGCAUCAAGCAGUCAUCGAACAAGGAUGAAAAAAAUUAUGAGAGUAUGGAAACCAACCAGUAAUUCUA